AUGUCUGUGUCUGUACUCCCGGCACAGAUGUUUGCGUCUCUUACAGAUCACGUUGACCUUGACAGGCAAGCUCUCGAUCCUGAGUUCAACCCAUGGAGACCGUUUGGAGAUUGCAAGUUCAGGGACGCCGAGAAAGGCUGUGGACCAGGUGUAAAGGUCAGAACCAGAUCUGUGAAAGAAAGAACAGAUGGACAGGAGACCAGAGAUCCAUUCAAUUACGAAAUUCGCCAGGAAGCUUCAUGCUUUGAAAAAUGUGAUGACCCAGAACCUCAAGACCAAUGUCCAGAGGAAGAUUUCUGUGAGGGUAACACAUACGAUCCAGUGUGUGGAAGCAUCGACAAUGGCAUGCUGGAAACUUUCGACAACUUGUGUGAAUUGGAAAGGAUUGCCUGUGUAGCCGACAAGCCUUUCAAUGUGCAGUAUAACGGAAAAUGCAAAGAGGAUGACGGCCCAGAGAUCAGGGCCGCAGGCAUUAGUCAAAUUACCUUCACACCUCUGGCUACCCAGCAAUGGUGA